CUAAUGCGAGUCACCGUGUUUGCGCCGAACAGCUGAAACUGACGGACUUCAAACAAACCACGGGGCUGUUUAUCUUCAUGACGUUCUAACGAAAAUAAAACAUUUAAAUCAAAUAAGAAGGAUGUGGGGCGUCAGGCGGUAUCUGUCGUUGGUCGCAAAGAGAGGACAGUUUGGGUUACUCUGCCGCCCUCGGUUUGGCUCCCUCCCUGAACUAGAGCUCCAGUACCUUCAGUGCACGUGUUGUUGGAGGAGCCGGGUUCCCUUGGCGAGCUUCGAUACCCUUAACUCCGCUCUCACCUCAUCCUUGUCCCAGCCCAGUAAGGAGGACAGCAGCAGACCCCUGGACGACACCUACACCCUCGAACAGAGAAACGCCAUCCUCCAGCUCCUCAACACUGCAUCUGCCUCAGAGCUGGCCGGCGUGAAGCUACUGAGAGGCCGCAAGGCGCUCAACAUUGUGGAGUACAGGAGUAACAAUGGUCCUUUUACAACUCUGGAGAGUGUUAUUAAUGUGCCGCUGCUGAAGCACAAAAGUGCUGUCAUAAUCUUCAACUCCAUCAUCAACCCAGAGAAGAAGGAAAGGAAAGAGAAGUUGCAGCUGACAAAGUUUAUUCUGCCAGUGGUGGACAAGACCUGGCUACAGCAGAGUGCCAGUUCCAUAGUAUCAAUAAUUUGCGGGGUCAAAAAAAUUGCCUGGGCUCAUGUGGACCGUCAGAUGACUGUAUUAGACUGGCAACAGCAAGACUGCCCUAAUUUCCUGAGAGGAAGGUACAUGGCGUCAGCCUAUUUAAAUGAUGUGUCCUCGGUUGUGUCCCGCCUCCCAUCAGCAGAAUUUUACUUGAUAGAGAAACCCUCCUUGUCGGUGCAGAAUACAGCUCUGUUCCCCAUCAUGGCUCAUUUGAGGGCUGUCGAGGCCAUGUUGUUCGCACUGCUGGAGCCAAGAGUCUGCCCAACAGAGACUAAUAUUCCUCCCAGGGUUCUGAACAUGAUCAGGACCACUGUGGGACGCCACUUUAGACUGAUGGUGGGCGAGUCACGGACCAGCGGGGUUCAGAUGGUAAGAUGGCUGAUGACGGAGUCCGUGACACAAAAGCUUCCCAGGAUAAACAUCCCCCAAGAGCUGCAGGUGAAGUACAGGAACCACUUUGAAAUGAACAGCAGGAAAGACGGAGAGGAGCUGAGUGACUCGUUGUUGCAGGCGGUGGCUUUCUAUGAGCUGCUCAGGGACUCCUGUUAG